GUUUAAACUGGUGUCUAAUUAUAUGAGAGAACAUCCCUUGAAAAUGGCCGCUAGAUACCGAGAUGUCGGCACGAAGGUAUACAUAGGGGAUCUCCCUAGAGAAGCAUCCGAACGAGAACUUGAACGUAUAUUUCGCGAGUACGGAAGGUUGCGAAACGUAUGGGUUGCAAGGAACCCACCAGGUUUUGCGUUUGUUGAAUUUGAAGAUGCUGCAGAUGCCAGCGAUGCUGUGCGUGAACUCGAUGGGACGGUUAUGUGUGGUGUCCGCGCCCGUGUUGAACUGAGCACUGGGAAGUCACGACAAAAGCCAUGGGUACGUGGUGGUGGUGGUGGUGCUCGCAAUGGCGGAGGACGUGAUAAUGGACUUGGUUCUCGUCGCUUGAAACCCUUCGAUCCAACAGACCGGUGUUACGAAUGUGGAGAACGCGGACAUUAUGCCUACGAUUGUCGUCGUCGAGGUGGUGGGCCAGGAGGUCCAAACGGACGCGGCAGGCCUGAAGGCCGAAGAAGGUCGAGGUAAUUCACCUUACUCGCAUGUCGUCUGGUAUCGUCUCGGCUACCAUGAUACGUUAUCAACUGUAUUCGUUUUUCAUCCAAGUACGACAUCCUAAGACUAUAUCGGCAUCCUAUCUUGCAAUGUCACGGUUUUCUGUCAAGUGCUGGUGCUUUAAAUUCCGUAGCGGUGACUCGUCACUAGCACAUGUUAUGUACUAUGAAAGACUGGUCUCCAUAGGUACUACACUCGAAAACUGGCAUCUCUGACAUCAUUGCGGCGGGCAUAAACUGCCCUACAACUCGGCAUCUGUGAGCCGUCGACAUCGUCGUCGUCGUGACUACAGACAGCCACUAAAGUUAACGUCCGUAGAGACCUACAGCUUGUUUUUCUUCAUGCCUAAACGUGUCUGUGUCAAACCAUAGAAGCUUUUCCAGGAGCCGCAGUCGUUGAAGUAGUUGGGAGUUGCAAGUUUACAAUGCAUUUCAUUUCAAGUCCAUGAAUGUCAGGACUGUAACGGAUCAUUUUUAUAUCUGAAAUAUAAAUAACACUCACU